AUGGUCCCGUCGCUUGCUCUGCUCACCCUUGGACUUGGCCUGGGGGCCACCGCGGCCCCGCAGCAAUCGCCCUUGAAAAACAUCAAGAACGUUGUCGUGCUUGUGCAGGAGAAUCGGUCGUUUGACACCCUCGUCGGCGGUCUCACCUACAGCGAUGACAUCGAUGGACUGGUCGGCCGCGAUACUCCCUUCUGCAACCCGGCCAACAUUUCGGAGCCCCAUGGUAAGCAGGUCUGCGGCAAGCCCAUUGCCAACAACAUUGCCAAAGACGACCCCGAUCACACCAUUUGGGGCGGCAACAUGCAGGUGUUUGGCAAAUACUACCCCGAGGAUGGGGAUGAGUCGACCAUGGAGGGCUUCGUCACCGAGCAGGCUACCUAUUACACUCUGGAGGGGAAGAUGCUGGAAGCGGCCGAAGUGAUCAACUACUAUACUCCCGACCAGGUGCCAGUGACCAACGCCAUGGCCGAGAACUUCGUUCUUUUCGACCGCUGGUUCGCCUCUAUCCCCGGUCCGACAGACCCCAACCGCGCCUACUUGACUUCGGGCACCUCGCACGGCGAGGGCGGUAACACCAGUCCUUUCUACGACUCGACACUGCCCCAGAAGUCGAUCUUCCAGCAGCUGUCUGAGAACAACAUUUCCUGGAUCAACUACGAGAACACCACCACCGUCAGCUCACCCUUUGCCCCCGACUCGAUGUUCUAUAGCUGGACCAAGGAAAACGGCAAGGAUAAGACCAACGUCUUCCCUAUCUCGCAAUUCUACUCGGAUGCAAAGGAAGGCAAGCUGCCCCAAUUCACCUGGAUCAACCCCGAAUGCUGCGAGUACAUGUCCAUGCACCCGAAAUCCCCGAUCAACAUGGGCGAGAACUUCAUGAAGGGCAUCUACGAGGCAAUCCGCAACUCCCCUCAAUGGAACGAGACUCUCUUCAUUGUCACCUGGGAUGAGCAUGGCGGCUUUGCCGAUCACGUCGCUCCCCCCACUGGCGUGCCCGCGGGCGACGAUCUUACCUGGGAAGAGCAGCCGUCCAAAAAGGGCACCGGCGACUCGAACUAUACCUUCAAGUUUGACCGUCUGGGAAUCCGUGUUCCCACCAUGUUGAUCUCUCCGUGGGUCGAGAAAGGUGCCAUUGAGCACAAAGCGAACACGAACGACUAUACCCACACUUCCAUCCUCAAGUUUGUCUCUGAGCUGUGGGAUUUGGAGCCUCUUACUCCGCGUGUGGAGUGGUCCCCAUCGUUCAGUGGAUUGAUCACUAACAAGUACCGGGACGACACUCCUGCUGAGCUACCCAAUGCUGCUGGGUACUGA